AUGCCCGUUGACGAUGCGCCGCCCGACGAGGGUGAUGAGUCGCCGCGGCAGAGCUACAACUUUGCACCGGGCUACCACGGCAUUGUGUACCGCGCAGACACAUCUGCCCGCGGCGCCGGGUACCAGCAAGAGGACAAGCACACUUCAGGCCAGACGCAAGAUGAUGGAGUGGACGCAGUUUCUGCGCAUGAAAAAGCGGCCGUGAGAUAUAAGCUGCAGUCGAUGAAAUGGGGCCUCAUUCCAUUCUGGACCAAGAGGAACCCCGACUAUGGAUCGAUGAUGAAGACCAUCAACUGCCGUGACGAUUCGCUGAGUACAGCAGGUGGCAUGUGGAGCACCAUGAAAGCCCGAAAGAGGUGUAUUGUACUUGCGCAAGGGUUCUAUGAAUGGCUGAAGCACGGCAAGGAGAAGAUGCCGCAUCACGUCAAACGAACGGAUGGCCAGCUCAUGUGCUUUGCAGGAUUAUGGGAUUGCGUUCACUCAGAUCACGAUCAUUACACCUACACCAUCAUCACGACGGACAGCAACAAGCAGCUCAAGUUCCUCCACGAUCGUAUGCCUGUGAUCCUCGAACCAGGCUCCGAGGACCUGAAGGUGUGGCUGGACCCUGGAAGACACGAGUGGUCAGGCGAAUUACAGGCGCUGCUUAAGCCCUUUACUGGAAAGCUCGAUUGCUAUCCCGUCUCCAAAGAGGUUGGCAAGGUGGGAAACAACUCCCCAUCAUUCAUCAUUCCCAUCGACAGCAAAGAGAACAAAUCCAAUAUCGCCAACUUCUUCGCCAACGCCGAGAAGAAGCAGAAGACGACAAAAGCGAGCGUUGAGAGGGACGCCGAACUAAAUGAGACUGAUGAUCACACCGCAUCCAAGGCACAGGUCUCGCCGCAAAAGCAGCCGAACAUUGUCAUGACCGCCGAUGAUGGCCCAAAAGCCCUCCCCAAGAGAGCCGCAUCUGAUGAUCUCGAGGAUGAGAAGCCACCAAUGAAAACGCCUGUCAAGUCGUUACCUCGGCCUUCGCGGCCUUCCAAGAUUAGCGCCACCAGCAAUAAGAAAGGCAGGGUGGUACAAUCAGACAAGCAGCCGAACCAGAAGAUCACCCGAUUCUUCGGCAAUAGUGCAUAA